UAAAUUUGUAUAUUCUACCACUCCGCGCGUUGCACCAAAAAAAAAAUCAUAAAAUCAAAACAAAAUGUAAACAAUAACAAAACUGAAAAUUGGCAGCACCAUCACCAACUAAUAGAUCUAAGAUACCCCCUUGUCGAACACAUAGAGAAUGGCUCUAGAUAAGAGUCAGUUGGUAAAACUAUAUACGGGACGACUUGUCAAGUCGUUGGUACCGGCUGAGUUUGGUGAUGAAUUCAUCCAGAGUAUCACCAGUGAUUUAUUAUCAUCAAUAUCUAAAACAAUAUCUAAUCAAUCAUCAUCAUCAUCAUCAUCUAAUAGAGCAACGAUACAUGAAAUCAAUCAGUUGACGAAUCAAUAUCGUGUUUACUUUGUGAGUAAAGGAUUACAAGCUGAAUGGGUUAAAUUCCAAACGAUUCUUGAAUCAUUACAGAGUUUCAAAAGUUUAGAUCAAAUCUUUAAUUAUCUUGUCUUCUUCGAUGCUUUACAACAAGGUGGUAGGAAUAUAAAUGUUGAAUCAUCACCUCAAGUGAAUCAAAGAAUAAUUAGUGAAAGUAUACGGUCAACGAAUUUGAGAUCUUCCCCAUUCAGAGAAAGUAGUAAAAAUAGUAAAGAACAACAACAACAACAACAACAAUAUCAUCAACUAAUAAGUUUGGAUAAACUUAUUGAACCAUAUUAUCAAACAUUACCUGAAGAAACCAUCAUCAAAUAUUUAUCUUAUAGUUUGAUAGGAUUGGAUUCGAAAUUAUUAUCCUUUUCCAAUAAUAGUAAACAAAUCGUCAUACCAACUUCAAUCAAUAAUAGUUAUAGUGGAUUGUUAUUUCAAAUUCUAGAGUGUGGAUUAUUAUAUAAGAAUUUAUCCACCAGUUAUGAAUUAUAUAAUAAACAAGGUGAUAAAUUGAAAAGUCCUAUAAAAGUCGCCUAUAUACAGAUAAUGCAAUCCUAUUUAUUACAAUACGUUAAAGAUAUAAAUGAAAUAUUCAAUAUUAAUAAUUGUUCAUCACUACUUGAGAUUUAUAACUUGUUAUAUAAAAAUUGGGUAUAUGAAUUAAGAUUAUUAUAUUCAAUUGUUAAUGAAUUGGAUACUGUUAAUGGAUUGGAUUUAUUAAUUAAAGUUUAUGAAUUAAUUAAAUUUGGUGAUUUAAAGAUUCAAAGUUUAAGUUUAACUAUUUUUAAAGAGAUUAUUAAACCAUAUAAUGAAAUAUUAGAGAAUUGGUUAAUUAAUGGAGAAUUAGUGGAUUUGAAUAAUGAAUUUUUCAUAACGUUUGAUUUAGAACAAGAUGAAUUUAAUGAUAUUAUAAAGUUUUUACCCAAUAGAAUACCCAAAUUUAUUAAUAAGAAUCUUGGAUUCAAAAUAUAUCAAAUAGGAAAAAUGUUAAUCUUUUUAUUGAAAUACUGUCGAGAAUUAGAAUGGAUUAAUCAAUAUAGAAAUAAGUAUAAUCAAUUGAUUUAUAAAUUAGCUUCCCCUACUGAUGGAGAAAUACUUUCAGUAUCAAAUGAUAAAUUUCAAAAAUUAAUCAAUCAACAAUAUGAAGAAUUAUUGAAUUACGUUACGAUUAUAUUAUAUGGGUCCAAAAAUAAUCUUAUAGAGAAUUUAAUUAACUUUAAACGGUUAUAUUUCAUUGAGAAUGAAGAUUUUAUAAAUCAAAUUAUAUUGAAAGGUGGAGAGUUCUUUAAUAAUUUGAAAUUUAAUUUGAAUUUGAAUUACUUAUCACAAAUCCUAGAAGAAUCAAUCAAACAUUCAUCCAUGAAUCAUUUUAAACAUCGAGAUAGAAUUGAUUUUAGAAUACUAAAUAAUCAAGCCAAUACUAAUAAUAAUAACAACAAUAACAAUAUUGGAUGGGAAGUAUUUAUUAUUGAUUUUAAACUUGAUGGAUUAUCCAUUAGUCAUUUAUUUGAUUCUAAGACCAUGAUUCAAUAUUGUAAAAUGUUCAAUUUCUUAUGGAAAUUAAGACAUUUACAAUCAAUGUUGAAUGAGAAUUUUAUGGAAUCAAUUAGUUUAAAUAAAAAUGAAUUACGAGGUAUAAAUGAAGAAUACAAACGAUUAAAGAGAACUACCGUAUCAACCGUUACUAAUAUUGGAUUAUCAGUCCGAGAAAGAAAGAUUAUAUGGAUUAUUAAAUCAUUCAAUUCUAUAAAUCUUAUUCGAAAUAAAAUGAUUCAAUUUUUACAAGUGAUAAUAAAUUAUUUAUCGUUUGAUUUAAUUGAGAAUAAAUUUCAAAUUGAAUUAGUUGAAAAAUUAUUCAAAUCGAAUAAAGUUAGUAAAAGUAGUGAUUUUGAAUUAGUGAAAAAUUUAAAUUCGAAAUUCAUUAAUAAAUUAAUUAAUGAGACAAGAAAUAAUGAUGUUACGGUUAUAACUGAUAAUAAUAUGAAUGAAUUAACUAUUGAUGAGAUUUUAUCAAUUCAUGAACAAUAUUUAUAUCAAAUUAUUAAGAAUAAAUUAAUUAAUGAAAAUUCGAUGGGGAAAGUCACAAGGAAGAGUUAUAUUAAACAAAUUUAUGAAUUAUUGGAUAUAAUAUUUCAAUUUAUAAUAAGUUCCAAAGAAUAUUUUAACUUAAUUACCAAUUAUAUAUUAUUGUUAAAAUUAGAAGAGCAAGAAGAAAAUGCAGAUGAAGAAGAAGAUAUGACCAAUGAGGUUGAUCAAGAUUUAUUAAAUAUUGAGAAUUUGUUACAAAAUAUAAUUAAUAAGAUUUAUAAACAAAUCUAUUUAAAAGAUUAUAAAUUAACGGUUAAUGAGUUUAUUCAAGAUUUACGCACGGAUUACGAAUUAAAAGAUUUAAGCAAAUUAUUUUAGUUCAAAUUUUGAUCGUCAAUUAACACUAGCAUUUUCCUGCUAAAUCUGAUAAUCCUCGGUAAUUGGAUUUGAAUCAUAGUGAAGAAAAAAAAAACAUGGAAAUAGUGUAGAUUCAUUCACUAUCCAUAGUAAAUAGAUAUAGAUACCCCUUAUGUACCACUCCGACCACUAUUAUACCUAUACCAAUCGAUACUCCAAUCGAUAACCUAUAAAUAUCUACUAUGUAAUUAUAAAUUUCCUCGAAAUAUCUUAACCAAUAGUCAUUGGAUAGUUUACUGUUUAGCAAAUGUUAAGAAAAUUUUUUAAACUUCCUCGGACUUU